CAAAUAAAGAAAUGGCGCAUUUUCGUUACUCGCAACCGGCAUUGAUCAAAUGAGCGCCAAAACCUAUGUAGAUUCUAACCUUUUAGGUAACUUUUCAAAGUUUCUCAUACAAGUUCGAAUUAUAAACUAUGACAGAGAAACCUACUCAAACCACCAAUUUACCAUGGGUGGAAAAGUAUCGACCGAAAAAAUUAGAUGAUUUGAUAUCUCACGAGGAAAUUAUCAAAACUAUAAAUAAAUUCAUUGAUGAAAAUCAGCUUCCUCAUCUCCUUUUUUAUGGGCCUCCUGGUACAGGGAAAACAAGUACAAUACUUGCUUGUGCACGUAAAUUAUAUACACCAGCCCAAUUUAAUUCAAUGGUAUUAGAAAUGAAUGCUUCAGAUGAUAGAGGUAUUGGUAUAGUUAGAGGACAGAUCCUUAGCUUUGCAAGUACAGGCACAAUGUACAGAUCUGGUUUUAAAUUAAUCAUCCUUGAUGAAGCUGAUGCUAUGACAAAGGAUGCCCAGAAUGCUCUUAGGAGAAUAAUAGAGAAGUACACAGACAAUGUAAGGUUUUGUAUUAUAUGUAAUUAUCUCAGUCAAAUUAUCCCUGCCCUUCAGUCUCGGUGCACUAAAUUUAGGUUUGGCCCAUUGUCUACAGACCAAAUUUUACCAAGGCUAGAUACCAUUAUUAAAGAAGAGAAUUUAAAUGUUUCGGAGGAUGGAAAACAAGCAUUGAUAACAUUGAGUGGAGGAGAUAUGAGGAAAGUUUUGAAUGUCCUCCAAAGUACUUCGCUUGCUUUCAGUGCAGUAACAGAAGAAAAUGUUUAUUCUUGUGUAGGACAUCCUCUUCCAAUUGAUAUAAAAAACAUCAUCAAUUGGUUGUUGAAUGAAUCAUAUGAAUUAUGUUAUUGUAAAAUACAAGACAUAAAACUAAAGAAAGGACUGGCAUUGCAGGAUAUAUUAACAGAACUGCAUCUGUUUGUAAAUAAAAUUGAAUUUCCAGAUUCCAUACUUAUCGAUUUAGUAAUUAAACUAGCCGAAAUAGAGAAAAGAGUAUCUAUUGGUUGUAGUGAAGCGGUACAAUUAAAUGCUCUCGUUUCAGCAUUUCAAAGAGCUCGCGAUAUCGAGAUUUCUUAGUGCGUACAACAUUUGAGGAUCGAAUUCUAUGAAUUGAGGUAAUAUCGAAUUUGAAGCACUAUAUCUUCGUAUAAAGAAUUUUAGAAUAAUACUUAAUUUGGUAAGAAUGUAUUAUUUACGAUUGUUACUAUGUAUAAUAAAGAAAAAAUUGAGAUUUUUAGAAAACCAUA